CUUGGAUGGAAAGAAGUAGGUUAGAAACCGUUGCGAGUCGGAUGAGAGUGCGCAAAAGGGAAGUUUCUAAGGCGAAAAAGGGAGACACAACGGAGAAAGAUUCCAAUCAGUUUCUUUCUCCGAUUCCGGCGUGUUCCAAUGGCCGCAGCUGAAAAUUUUUACUCUUGUGUUUUUUAUGAGGAAAACAAAUCAGCUAUCCCACUGGCCCAGUGUGAAUCAGAUCGAUCACCUCUUUUAACACUCUUGACAACAUGAUGCCAGAAGAACAGGAAAAGACAAAGUGGCAGAGGUUCGUUGACUAUGUCAAGCCUCCACCCAUGCCACUAGCAGAACACCGUACACUGAAAGAACGCUUGCAGUUCUUGAAGGAUCCAAAGUUUUUGAAGGUGUUACUACUGGGUCAAUUCCUGUCUCUGUGCAUCACGGGUACCAAUGUUACCACUACGUUGUUGGCUGCCAAUGCCAUGCCUACCACCCAGACCUUUUUCAACUAUCUUAUCGUAGCCGUCGUAUACAAUACCGUUGCUAUCUACAAGCGUGGUUUCAAGGGCUGGUUGUAUCAGUUUCGCCGUCGAGCCUUGUUCUACUUUAUCUUGGCUUUUAUCGAUGUGGAAGGUAACUAUUUCGUCGUCAAGGCCUACCAGUAUACGUCUCUCCUAUCCGCCAUGUUGCUGGACGCCUGGACCACCCCUGUGGUUAUGAUCUUGUCGUUCUUUUGCCUGCGUGCUAGAUACCGCUGGCUUCAGUAUGUGGGUGUGAUCAUCGCCUUGUGUGGUCUAGCCUUGUUGGUGGUCUCCGAUGUGUUGACCGGCAAGAACUAUGGCGCUGUGGAUGCCGUCAAGGGCGACUUGUUUUGUAUCCUUGGUGCCACUCUGUAUGGUUUCUCCAACGUGGGUGAAGAGUUUAUGAUCCGUAAACAUCCUCACUACGAAGUAGUGGGUAUGCUCAGCUUUUUCGCCACCUUCAUCAACUUUGUUCAGCUUAUGAUCUUGGAACGCCAUGAAUUUGCCGAAUUCUCCAAGGACUCCUUCUCCAUUGGCAUGAUGGUCGUCUACACUGUUUGUAUGUUCUGUAUUUACUCUUUGGGCCCUAUCAUGUUCCGAAUGGCCGGAGCAGUCGUUUUCAACUUGUCUCUGCUGACUUCGGAUUUCUACGGCUUGAUCUUUGGCUUGGGUCUAUUUGGUUAUACUGUGACCUGGUUGUACCCCGUUGCCUAUGUCAUUGUCAUCGUGGGUAUUGCCGCCUAUCACUUUUUCCCUGUUCCUGAACCUGGCAUUGGCGGGUUCGAUAAGGAGAGACAAGAACAAGAACGCCGUGAACUUUUUGGUAUUCGCAGCGAAACGGACAUUGAGAGUCAACCCUCCGAUGUCCAGCCCACCGAUGCUCCGGCUGACGAAGUCCUCACCACCAACGACGAAAAGAAUUAAGACAAAUGAGUCGAGAUAGUCUUGGUGGUGAGGUGCAGCUUUUGGUAUCCAUACUGACGUCCUGGCUGGACUCUCAUUCUGUAUAUACAUGACUCUUUCUCAUCACCCUCUCCUCCAUUUUCUUAUUUUUAUUUUAUCUAACCCGUAUUCUUCUUUAACCCCCCAUCCUUACUAACGUUUCAUUUCAUAUAGAGCGAGGCACUUUCACGUCUUUGGCUCUCGCUGUAUGCAAAAAGACGUGUUCACCCUUUAUACAUUCUAUGCGCUAUUUUUUUUAUAUUUUAUUACUAGAUGUAUAAGGUGAACAAUAUUCACUUACAACGGUGCGCCCUUCUGACCUUUGGCAAACCGUGUAUUAUGAAAGGUCUUUU